CUGCUGCGAGGGGCAGGGGGCGGGGCCUGUCUGCUCCGGGUUGGGUAGCGGUGGGGCCGCCCCAGCGGGUGCGCAGCGCCUUGGCCAGGUACCCGCCCGCUGGCCGGACCCCGCUCAGCCGCGCCCGUCCCCGCAGCGGUGACUGCUGAAGCGAAGCCUGUUGAGGGCCUGGGAGUGGAACUUGCUGCCUUAGAGCCAGAGAGACGCAGGCGUGGAAGGGACCGUGGUAGAUGACCCAGUCCUGUCCCUGGCACUGAGGCAGGAUCAGGUACACUUUGUUGAUGUCAAAAGUACUUCAAGGAGAAGGCCAUACCCAAGACAUUUUGCAUAUGAAUCUUGAUAAUGACAGAUCAAGAAAAAGAAAUUGGGGUUUGUUGGUCACUGGCAUUGUUGGUGGGACAGUGGUGGUACUGUAUGCUGUUGCCACUCCAUUCCUAACUCCAGCACUGAGAAAAAUUUGCCUUCCUUUUGUACCUGCAACUUCAGCUCAGAUUGAAAAUGUUUUGAAAAUGUUACAAUACAGAAGUGGAUCUCUGGUUGACAUAGGUAGCGGCGAUGGACGUAUUGUGAUAGCAGCUGCAAAAGAAGGAUUCAAAGCUGUUGGUUAUGAAUUAAAUCCCUGGCUAGUCUGGUACUCCAGAUAUCGUGCUUGGAGAGAAGGGAUGCAUCAUAAUGCCAAAUUUUAUAUUUCAGAUUUGUGGAAGGUUAGCUUUUCCCAGUAUACAAAUGUUGUUGUUUUUGGGGUACCUCAAAUGAUGCCACAGUUGGAGAAGAAGCUUGAAGAAGAACUUGAUCACAAUGCCAGAGUUGUUGCGUGCCGUUUUCCUUUCCCACAGUGGAUGCCAGAUCAUACUACUGGAGAAGGAAUAGACAUGGUGUGGGCCUAUGAUUCAAAAGCUUUCAAAGGAAAUGAAAAGACAUGCUCAGAAACUAUGCAAAAGAUGCAUCCUUUGUAAGAUGUCAGGUUAAAAAAUGUUGGAGCGAACUUUAAAUGGUGACCGUCUGAUUCGGUUCGUAGUAUACUUAAAGCAGUGGGAGGAUAACAAUAAGUACCACUGAAUAUUUCUCAAACCCAUUUCUUUGUCAGAAUGUCUUGUGGUUAAACAAACUGAACUGUAGUCUUAUUUUAUAUUACAGCAAAGCAAAGGCCAGUAAAAUGUAGACAAGGUAUACCAUGGAAAAAUGCAAAGAAGACUUGUAUGUAUUGAUUACAAGAAGAAAUUGUUAGAAUUUUUUUAAAAAAUAUCUUUUACAUGAAAAGUGGUAGGAUGCAGAAAGGGUUCAGUAGUGUUAAGGACACGUGUAUAAACUAAAUGCUCUAGUAAUAUUAAAGUUAUUUUUAACUGUU